GGGCCGGGCCCCGCCAUGGCGGCCGCCCCCUCCCGCCGCGCUGCGGGGACCGCGCAGGGCGCAUGCGCCGCCAGCCCCGCGCUGCGUCUCCUGAGGCAGAGGCGCGGAGCGGGCGCUGCGGCCAUGGGGACGGGGUCGGGGACCUGCCCGCCUGGCCUCGGGCUGCUGCUGGUCGUGGUGGUCGUGGUGCUGCUCGGCGAGGCGCGGGCGGAGGAGGUGUGUUCGCCUCCGGAAAGACUGCAGUACGCGGAGCUGACGGAGAGUUUCAGCACAAUGCAGAGCUUUCCCGUUGGAACCACAGUGACAUACGUGUGUCGCCCCGGGUAUAUGAAAAUCCCUGGGAAGUCGCUAGAUCGAACGUGUGGUAAAGACUUAAGGUGGUCGCCAACAGAGGAAUUCUGUACAGCGAGAAAAUGUAGGCAUCCAGGAGAACUGGAAAACGGUAUUGUUCAUGUGACAGAUCUUACGUUUGGUUCACAAGCUAACUUUUCUUGUCACACAGGGUUCAGAAUACAUGGAAGUAGUGAAAUUACCUGUGUAGUUAAAAAUAAAGCUGUUGACUGGGAUGGAGUUCUUCCUUUCUGUGAACGAGUUCCUUGUGAACCACCACCAAGUAUAGCCAACGGGUACUACACCGAAGUACCUGAGUAUGUUUAUCAAACAACAGUAACCUAUAGGUGCAAUGAUGCACCGAGAGGUGAAGAUCCCUACUCGCUGGUUGGUACACCUUCUAUUUUCUGCACGCUUGAUGGAGACUUAAAUGGAGUUUGGAGUGGACCACCUCCACAAUGUAAAGUGGUCAAAUGUGAAAACCCAAAAGUUCCAAAUGGAAAAAAAGUAAGUGGAUUUGGACCUCUGUACAGCUACCAGCACUCCGUUACAUUUGAAUGUGAUCCAGGCUAUUUCAUGAUCGGACGGGAUGUAAUUACCUGUCAAGAAGAUAACACCUGGCAUCCUCCACAACCGACUUGUGAAAAAAUUACUGAAGAUAGAUGUGGUGCCCCAAAGAUCUCACAUGGACAAGUGAUUCCGCUGCAGUCUGAAUACAAACAAGGAGAGUCUGUUCAGUUAAGGUGCAAUCUUCACUGUGCUUUUCCUGAUGGUGCUGAAGAGAUCACAGUAACGUGUGAAGGACAAAAUACAUGGAGCUCUGUACAAAACUGUGCAUGUAAGCCUGUACAUCAUGAUUCCUCUCCAGUCAUUAGUCAUGGCAGAGUAAUUUAUGGACAAAAACCUGAGUAUGCUGAAGGGGAUUCUAUUACAAUUGAAUGUUACGCAGGCUACACGUUACACGGUGCAGAUCGUAUUGUGUAUAUGGGAGAAGGCAAAUGGAAUCCUGAAGUACCAACUUGCCACUUAAGUGCCUAUGUUAUCGCCAUCAUCUGUGUGAUUACAGUAGUUCUGGUGUCCCUGGCAGCCUUCUGGGUCUAUAAGAAAUGCUUUUCACAAGAAGGGAAGAGUGACAGCACUGCAUGUACUGCCAAAUAUACGAGCUGUAAAGCAUGAAUGACCCUUUCUGAGGGUGGGAGGGGAACUUGCAGUUGAAUGUGCCUAUCAGAAAUGGAAAAUGAGUGCAUUAACUUCCUGCAGAUAAAUCUCUCUUGUACUGUUAUAUACUACUGAUUAACUGUAGUAGGAGAUCAUUAAUAGGAUUUAAAAAAAAAUCAGAAUAUCCAUCCUUGCUGUCCUUUGUGGGUCACUCCUAUCAUCUUUUCUGUGCAUGUGAAAUGGACUUAAAGGCACCUCGUGUAGCAUGCACCAGUGUCUGUGUCGGCGGGAGUGCUGCGAGCAGGACUGUCACAGUACCGGCUGCUGCUGCCCGCCGCCUGCAGUGCUUCUCUUUCCGUACGGAAGACUAUGCAAUGUUAGUUCUGCUCGCUAAAAUUCUCAUGUGCUUCUCAUUCAUUUUCACGGUCAAGGGGGGUAUAAAUGAUGAUUAUUGUAUUCUGAAAUGUUUUAAUUAUUUCCUGAAGAGAUAAGUACAAUUUAAGGCUCUGUCCGCUUGAAAUGAUCAGUUUAGAUCUUGUAUAUGCUAUUUUUUUUUUGUUUGCCCAAGGUCGUUUCUGUAUAUCUAAUGGAUUAAAAUGUGCCUUUGAAUCGGUUUUAUAGCUUUUCUAUUGCCUUUUAAGAAGGAAAAAAGCCAUUUGUAUUCCUGGCUCCUUGGCUUAGUCCCAGAAACUCCAUAAUGGACUUGUUGCAAUGGGAAACUGAAGGAAACUUGAAUUCCAUAGCGGAGCAUCCCCUGAUUUUGAAUUCAUUGGCCUGUUGACAGAAGGUGCCUAACCAUAAACUGCUUUGAAAUCUGUGGUAGCCAUCCUCUAAGAUCAUUGUGAUGCUUGAUUUUUUUUUUUUAAUUUUUAUUUUUUUGAUCUGUUUCUGAGAUAAUUAUGUUGUUUCUUAGGAUAGAAAGGGUGCCGUGUGGGUUUAGCUUCCUUGUUGGUUUUUUUUUUUAAUUACUAUUUAUAAUCAUAUAUUCCAUAUAACAGCAUUUCAAAUCCCUGUAGACAGACUACUAUGCUGAGUCGAGCUCUGUAAUGCAGGUGGUGUGGAUAUCUGUUGAGACACGAGCCUGUCCCUGUCUGGCUCCCUUCCUUUUUCACAGUAAGGGAAGACCAAGCCACCUUAGUUGCAGGAGCGAAAGAACGGGUAUGUUGGUGAUGUGGGAAGACAUGGUCUGUCUUUAGGUAGCCAGCCAUGCUAUGAAAGGGUUUGGUCGAGAUGGUGACUCCAGGAGCUCCCAUCACAGAAUUUGCCUUGAACCGAGGCUCAGACACGCACUGCUGGCUGUUACUUUAAAUGCCUACUGGCUAUUUCAGAUCAUUAUGAAAAUCAAAAGCUAAAUGAGGACAGGUUCUGGCUUUGUGAAUCUAUGGGAAAAAGAACCAGUUUUCCCAGGGGGGAAAAAAAAAAAAAAAAAAAAAAAAAAACAAAUUGCCUCACUUCAGAUGGCCGAGGCAGCAUGAAACUGUUCUCGUCUGUGGUAGAUUGACGCUGCUGUCCCCGGUGGUGAAUGGAUUGUCUCAACAUCAUCAAACUAUUUAGGGUUUCUUAGGACUUUGGGUUGAUCCCAGCAGUUGUAUUGCUAGAGUUUGUAACAGUGUCGGGUUAUUUAAAGAGGGCUUUUGGCUGCACUUGUUUGUAGUCGUUUGAAUAGCUGAUACCUAGCUUGAUAAUUGUUUGUAAUUACUCUGAUAUUAUAAUAUAUUGGGAAUUGAGCGUGCCGGUUGUUAGCCAGCUUCUGUAUGGCAUCUCCAAUAUUAAAAUGCGCUGAAACGCACUUAUCGCUAAAGUGAAAUAACUGUAAAAGGUGGCUUUAUAUUUAUAUUUUCCCCAAUGUAAAGACUAGUGAUGGUUUGUAAUAUUGCAAAUAAAAAAAAAAUGUAUUUUUA